CUUUCUUCAAUUCAAUCAAAAUCCCAUUUCCCCAUUUCCCAAAUUCCCCUUUUGACCCCUUUCUCUUUUUCCAUUUCCAUUUUCCCCCCUUCAAUGGCGGUGGAGCUUCUCACAGCCUUCACCAACGCUCAACUCUCUUCCCCAAUGGACCAAGACUCCGCCGUCCAAGAAGCCGCUUCCGGUCUCGACACCCUCAAAAAGCUCAUCACAUUACUCUCUCACUCUCACCCUUCUAAUCUCGACUCCGAUUGCCAAGCCGUCGCUAACGCCGCCGUCUCCCACUUCAAAAAAGCCAUUUCUCUCCUUGGCCGCUCCCCUAGGACCGGCCACGCUCGAUUCCGCCGUGCCCCUUUGGAUUCCUCUAAGAUUUACAACGCUACGCCUAUUCAACAAAUUCCUCCGCCGAUUGACCGGCUUGACUCCGCCACUACCAUCAAUUUCUCUUACUCCGCUGCUCCGAGUUCUUCCUCUUUCUUGACCUCGAUUCCUGGUUCCGACUCUGAAAUUAAGCUCCAACAUCAACCUUCUUCCUCUUCUUUUCAGAUUACUGAUCUUUCCAGAGUUUCGUCUGUUGUCUCUAAGCCUUCUUCUGGUCUCAAGAGAAAGUGCGGUUCUGAGAAUUUGGGCUCUGCGAAGUGCGCUGGAUCUUCUGGUGGUCGUUGCCACUGCUCUAAGAAAAGCAGAAAAAUGAGGUUAAAAAGGGUGGUGAGAGUACCAGCUAUAAGCUCAAAGAAUGCUGAUAUUCCUCCCGAUGAUUAUUCAUGGAGGAAAUAUGGUCAAAAGCCAAUAAAGGGUUCUCCAUAUCCAAGAGGUUACUAUAAGUGUAGCAGUUUAAGAGGAUGUCCAGCAAGAAAGCACGUUGAGAGAGCUUCAGAUGAUCCAUCUAUGUUAAUAGUAACCUAUGAAGGCGAUCAUAAUCACUCUCAAUCAGUUGCAGAAGCCUCAAGCCUCAUCCUUGAAUCUUGGUGAAAAAAACUUAAAACUAGAGUUUCAAAAUCCAAGAAUCACUCUGUUUUCUUUUGAUUCAUACAGAAGACUAGGAAUGAAUUUAUAUCAUAGAUCUUUGUUCUUUUUUUAAUGUAUACAAAUCUGGGAAACUUUCCAGACUUUUAGUGGGUAUUUGAAACGAAAAGAAAUGAAGAAGAUAGUGGAUUGGAUUUGAUUUGCUAA